CUCGACAAGAAAUGAGUUGGACAGGCCUGCUCGACUUAGAUACGGCGGCCGAGUAUUUUUGCCACCUCCGCUGAUCGGCGCGACUUCUUAUCGCAUGGGAAACACGCCGGAGUUUGUUCACAUGAGUGACAGGGCGACCGUCAGUCAAACAAGCUCAAGUGCGCCUGAGCCGCGGCAGCCCGUCGCUUCAUCACGCUCGGACGCCCGGGCGGGCAGAUACGCGGGCGGGAUUGACAGCCGGUAGUUGCCGUGCCUUAUCGUGGUCCAAACGGGUCACUCGAUUGGCAUCGUGCCGCCACACGUGACCUCACAACUUUUCAGUCCACCGAAAUACUCCCGAACGGCAAUCUCAAUAGUCGCAGCUGUCGCCAAGGACUUCCUAAUUCCUCUUGAAAUCCAGCGAAAGUCAGAUCACCUAUUCAGAAGCUGCGGGAAUCCCACCGAUAAAGUGCCCUCCGUGCUGUGGCAUUUGCAUCCAACUUUACAGAAGUGACCUAGCUAGCUAGCUACUCUUCAGUCACCCGAAAUACGCCCAAAAACCACGUCAGCGAAGUUCUUUCAAAUCCACUGGAACGCGACCAACAAGUGGCCGAACACGUCAAAUCCACCGUUGUCAAUCGCUCCGUCAAAGUAAGGUCACGACUCCUUGAUGUGCUCCAAUUCUUCCUCCAAGUUACCAAACUCCUCUGAAUCGACCGGAAGACUGCCAUCCAGUCAUCCAAACGCUCCUCCAAAUACUUCUUCCAAGUUAGCCAAAAUAAAUGGGGUCAAAAAGUCGCACAGAACCGACGUGCACCGAAUGAUUUCCCAAAGUCGAGGCUACUUCGAGGUUCGGCCGGCGUCCGGGAUUGAAUUUGCGGGUGUGGCGCGCGAGCACCGGAAACGGAACGUCUUUUCGUGGCGGCGCUUGGGGCGCUUGGGGCGCGGGAAUGAAACGGUGCCUGUGCCUGUGCCUGUACCUGCGCAUCACUUCAGAGUUCCUGGACAUCUGGGACGUGGACCUGAUGAAGAAACGAGAGCAGGGCAACACGAUUGCGCACCACACGGCCGCCUACCAGAGCAACUAUCUGAUCGUCCGCCGAGGGCAAGAGUUCCAGCUGGAGAUCGCCUUCGACCGCCCCUACCAGCCCAACAAGGACAAGUUUGCCGUGGAGUUUGUCAUCGGUUCCAAUCCUCAGUACAGCAAGAACACGUACGUUCCCGUCUUCCCCGGCCAGGGCCCGCGGGGCUCGUGGCUGGGCCGCGUCAUCCAGACCUCGGACAACGUGGUGCGCAUGGGCGUCACGCCCGCCGCCAACUGCAUCGUGGGCAAGUACCAGAUGUACGUGGCCGUGGCCACCCCGUACGGCGUCCGCAGGACCAAGCCGGACAAGAGCCGCGCCCUCUAUGUCAUCUUCAACCCCUGGCUGGCGGCUGACGCCGUGUUUCUGGACGACGCCGUCGAGCGGGACGAGUGCGUGACGACGGAGACGGGGAUCAUCUACCACGGCUCCCAUGACGACGUCGCCGAGCGACACUGGAACUACGGCCAGUUCAACUACGGCGUUCUGGACGCGUGCCUGUACAUCCUGGACAGGUGCGAGAUGCCCCUGGUCAACCGAGGGGACCCCAUCAAGGUGGCCAGAAGGGCUUCCGCCAUGCUCGACUCUCGCGACGACGACGGCGUGCUGGUGGGCAACUGGAGCGGCGACUACACCUACGGCGUGGCGCCCACGGCCUGGACGGGCAGCACCGAAAUCCUCCUCACCUACGCCAGCAGCAAGAUGCCCGUGUGCUACGCGCAGUGCUGGGUCUACGCCGCCGUCUUCAACACCUUCCUGCGCUGCCUGGGGAUACCGUCGCGAGUCGUCACCAACUACUACUCGGCCCACGACAACGACGGCAACCUGAAGUCGGACAUCAUCCUGGAUGACAACGGCCGGGUAGAUCGCAGCCGCACCAGGGACUCCAUCUGGAACUAUCACUGCUGGAACGAGUGCUACAUGUCCAGACCGGACCUCCCGCCUGGCUUCGGGGGCUGGCAGGUCGUGGAUGCCACACCGCAGGAGACCAGCGACGGCUUGUACAGAUGCGGCCCGGCGUCCGUCCGCGCCAUCAAACACGGCGAAGUCUGCUUCCCCUUUGAUGCCGCCUUUGUCUUUGCGGAGGUGAACAGCGACGUGGUGUUUUAUUCCCGGGGGAAGGAUGGCAGCAUGGAGCCGGUCAGGGUGAAUCGCAGCCACGUCGGCCGCAUGGUUUUGACCAAAGCUCCCGGUGGGUUGACUCGCCGCGACGUCACCGAUCAGUACAAGUUCCCCGAAGGCAGCGCCGAGGAGCGCACCGUCCUGGAGAAAGCGGAGGCGUACAGCUGCAAAAGAGAGAAGGCGGAGCUGCCCCCGGGGGACGUCGACUUGGUCCUGUCCUACGUGCAGGCCGGCGUCGGCGAUGACUUUGAGUUGACUCUGAAGUUCGUCAAUCGCAGCGGCGCUCGGCGUACGGUGGAGGCGUACGUCAGCGGCAGCGUGGUCUACUACACCGGCCUCGUCAGCUCCGAGUUCCUCUUCGCGACCCCCUCGGUCAAGAUGGAGCCGGCCGGAUUCGCCAAAGAGUCUGUGAGCGUCGAGGCCGAGCGCUACAUGAAGGCGCUGGUGGAGCAGUCCAACCUGCACUUCAUCGUCACGGGGAAGGUCACCGAGACGGGACAGAUCAUCAGCGCCAUGAAACUCAUCCGCCUGCACGGUCCCGCGCUCACCGUCAAGGUGAGCGGCCGCGCCAAAGUCAGCGAGGAGAUGAUGGCCACGGUGGAGUUCACCAACCCCCUCGGCACCAGCCUGGAGGAGGUCUACGUUCGCAUGGAAGGAGCCGGACUCAUGCUUCCCAAGUCCAAAUACUUCAGGCUCAUCACCGGAGGCGCGUCUCUGAUCUGGAGCGAGUUCUUCACCCCGCAGAGGGCGGGAACCAGCAGGCUGAUCGCCACCCUGGACUGUCCCGCUCUCAGGCAGGUGCACGGCCAGGUCACGCUCACCGUUGAGGCCUGAGGAAACGUGCGGCUCCCUGCUGUGUUCGCCACGCGCUGCCGUUGUGAGUUGGCGAAAUAAAUUUGCCACCGGCGGCCAACC